GAUGAUUUUUAAAUCAGAGAGAGGGGGGUAUAUGUACAUAAAUAUAUGGAUUUUUUUUUUAAUUUGAACCAUAGAUAUGAUCAAAAGCACUUGGCCUUUUCCGUGAAGUUGAUCGAUAUAAUACCGUCUUGCAUUGACAGAACUUUGUAAUGCGCGAGUGGUCGCGCGUUGAAAUUUAUCCGUUUUUAUCCGAAUUAUAAAUUUUAAAAAGCUUCAAUUUAUAAUUAUGAAUUAAUAGAUAGUCAUUUCAAUAAGAAAUUUGCUACAAAAGUGAAAUACAUCUUUUUUCCCUUUUUUACCAACAAUAUAAAAAAUAUUUUGUCCGUAGCAAGCGCGCUACAUUUCCCGCCAACUACAAACCUCUUUGGGUUUCAUCCAGCUGACUGCAUUAAGAUUUCUUAAGAGUAAUCUCUGCUCGGGUACACCAGUGGUUUGGAAUGGAUCAAGUGGAUACAGAAUCCAUCAUGAAAGAUGGUGAUGUACUUAAAAGAAACGAUGGAAGUCCCCCAAUGAAGAAGCUGAGACAGCUAGAUCUAAAGCAGAUGAAACAAGGUCGUUUACCAUUCAAACCUGUGGAUGUUAUAUCAAAGACCGGAAUAGGAAGCACAUCCGCAAGUUCUAAAAAACGAAAACUAUCAGAUAGUGAAUCACAAAGUCCGAAACUUUCUAAAACUCCCAAGACAAAAACUGUAGUAGAAAUCAAUGAGUCGGAGGUCAGCUCCAAAACUCCGAAGUCUCAGACAAAAUCUAUAGGAGAAAUCAAUGAGUCUGAGGUGAGCUCUAGUUCAGAAGCUGAUCAUCAGACCAAGAGAAACCGAAUUCGUAACACCCUGGAGAGGUUUGUGUGUAAGGCAUCACAGGAGGAGAUCUCAUCUACCAAUGAUGGUAUAGAUUCCAUGGAACAAAAGAGUGCCAAGUCCCCCAUAUGUAUUGAGAGUGAUGAAUCUGAUGAAGAGAAAGAAAACAUUCCCAAAGAGGCCUCUAGUUCAAUGGAAGAGGUUUCCGCGGGGGAAGAACAGGAAGAACCCGCAGAGCAUGAUGCUAUGGAGCUUGAUUCUAAAUCUGCAAAAGAGGAGAAAUUGGAGGAAGAUUCAGAAAGUUGCUCUACCAGUCCAGUUUGUGCGACACCAUCAAAGGGCAAGGUCUCAGAUACUCUCCUAAAGACACCCACGUCUAAAUUAUCAGAUUCUGUCUCGGACAUCAGCUGCAGUGAUAGUACACCCAAUACUGUCAAACGAGCUCCGAGGAAGCUGUCUGAUGCUAAACGAAAAGAAAGAGAAGCCUCAAGACAAAAAGUUAAAGACGAGAAAGAAAGGAUGUUGCAGGAAAAAAAACAGAAGAAGGAACAAGAGAGACUGGACAAAGAGCGCGAGAAGGAAAGACAGAAAAAAGAGCGUGAGGAAGCCAAGGCAGAAAAGGAAAGACAGAGACAGGAUGAAAAACAAAAGAAAGAAAAAGAAAGACAAGAAAAGUUGGCUCAGAAAGAAGAAGAAAAAAAGAAAAAACAGGAAAUACUGGAAGCAAAAUUAGAAGAGAAGAAGAAAAAGGAAGAAGAAAAAAGAAUGAAAGAAGAAGAAAAACAGAAAGAAGAGGAGGAGAAGAAACAAAGAGAGCAAAAGUUGAAGAAGUCUUUCACCAGUUUCUUCAUCAAACCCAAAACUUCCCCAACAGCAAAGAUUACCAGAGAACCUGUGGGGAUGUUUAUGCCAUUUGAGAUUAAGAAAGACAUGUUGCUGGCCCCUCAGAAAAGGAGACAGGGGUUGGAUUUGACAUCAAAGGAAAAACUUGAUCAAUGUCUUAAAGAUCAGGAGGAUGCGAGAAAUCUGUACCUGUCAGAACUGAAGAAGAGGAGAAUCGGACUGACAAAGCACAGGGGCACACAGGACAGGGAGGAGGAAGUGAUCCUGGUUCAUGAUUCGGAGACCGUGAAGAGUAUCACCUAUCACUGCAAACUGCUGCAGUUCCACAUGAACUAUCGUCCACCGUACUAUGGAACAUGGAGGAAGAAAAGCAGAAAGCUUAACCCCAGAAAUCCAUUCAGAAUGGACAGUGAGCUUUUUGACUAUGAAGUGGACAGUGAUGAUGAGUGGGAGGAAGAAGAACCUGGAGAGAGUCUGUCUGCAUCAGAGGGAGAGGAAGAGGAAAACAAUGAAGAGGAAGAGGAGGAAGAUGCUGAUUGGAUGGUUCCGCAUGGUUACUUAUCAGAGGGGGAAGGCUGUGAGGAUGAUGAAGAGGAAGCUACUGACCUGAAGAUGAGAUGUAUGAAGAAGUUGGAACAGUGGGAAAUGGAGCUGAAGAGACAGACACAGCCUGCCUUGCCUGUUAUCAUCGGCUGUUUCUGGGAACAUGCUGUUCACGAAUUGCAGAAAGACCUGAAAGAAAAACUGGCGUCCUACAAGGCUGUUCCACUGAUUGAUGAGCCAAUAGACACCAGUUUUACUGGUGACAAAUCCAGGAGAGGUGAAAACACCUCAUCAGAGAAGAAGGAGGACAGCAAGAAAACCCAGUGUAAACCAGUCCCUGAGGAGGCCAUGCCAGAUCUUAUCAGACUUGUUCAUGGAAACUUGGCAGGAAUCAAGAAAUUAGUCAAGGAGUUUCGAUUAUACUGGAAAAACAAGACAAAAGAGAAAAAGAUGGAGGUUAACAAUGACUGUGACGAAAAGAUGGACAUAGACGAGAGCAGUAAAAGGACAGAUGAAUCAAAACAGCUAGAUGACUCGGACAUGAAAGAUGAGACAAAGCAAGUAAUAACCGAGAAUGAAUUCAGCAUUUCAAAACGGCAGCUGGAAAUACGAAUAACAUCCAUAGCCGUGCGGGAAAAGAGGGACUCCUACAAGAAAACCUGCUGGUAUGUGAAUGAUGCUGUACUAGAACAAUAUAACCUGAAGGAUCUGCCUGUACCAAGUGCUUGGGAACUUCUUAGUCAGCCUAAAAAAACUCCCUUAAAACCCAAAAUGGAGGAGCCGGUGAGUGCUGGACGUAAAACCCCGACUGUCUCCAUCACACAGUUUGCACGACCAAUGUCUCCUUCAACUAUGCAAGCUCAGUUUGCAGCAGCCAAUGCAGCUGCUCUUGCUAACAAACAGAAAACAGUAGCAGAGCAGGCAACAAAGAUUGCUGAGUUACCAGAACAGAAAAGCUGCAUCCAAUCCAAGGAAGAGAACAAGUCCGAUCAGCCCAAGCUGAACUUCUUCUCCCCCACCAAGCCUCAUCAGUGGAAGAUGGUUAACACUGGAUCUUCACUAAAAGACGGCAAGCGCUUGGUCUUGGUUUCCACCCAACCUUCAUCAGGAAAAAACAUAACGGACCAAGCUAAAGGUAAUUCAAACUCUAUUCCCAAAUUGAUGAAAUCAUCACAACCAAGAUCGUCUCCUGCACCGACUGCUUCUCAAGACGAUGAAAAGAAUGUGGAGAUGAAGAUGGUUGUUGAUCUUCAGACUACGGGAGAAAAUUCUAGAGAGGCUAUAGUGUUGGACUAAUCGUGGUGAUAACCUCAAUGGGAAAUAUGCAUUCAACAUCUAGAUUUGCAGACAGGUUUUAGCACUAUUUAUUGGUACUUGUAUAUAUAUAAUUAUUUGCAUUGUAAACCAUUACUUUAUAAAAGUAAAGAUAUUUUAAGCAUAUAAAACA